AUGACUCAAGAGCAAACAACGGCUGUGAUUUCCACAAAACCGUCAUCUACAGACUCUGACACGACGGUGAUUAAUACAGAAGAACCGACUACUUCUAACGGAGUUUCAACAGUGGGGUCAUCCACAGAGUCACCAUCUACCGUGCAGAACGUCCUUUUCACAAUCUUUGAGUCGACAACAGCACUAUCCGCAACUGAAGAACAAACAGUAGCUGUGACAACCACUGAGCCGCCAACUACAGACUCUGACACGACGGUGCUUAGUACAGAAGAGCCGACUCCUGCCAGAGUUUCAACAAUACAAUCAUCCACACAGUCAUUAUCUACUGUGCAGGGUUCGACAGCGAAUCCCACAACAGAACAGCCUUACACUACUUUUAAAACUACAACAGCAGUAUCUACAACUAAAGAGCAAACGUCGGCUGGGGCAACCACUGAAUCGUUAACUACAGACGCUGACACAACCUUGCUUAGUACAGAAGAACCGACUACUUCGGACCGAAUUUCAACAGUGGAAUCAUCCACACAGUCAUUAUCUACUGUGCAGGGGUCGACAGCAACUCCCACAACAGAACAUUCUUUCACUACCUUCGAACCGACAUCCUUACUUUCGACAACUGAAGAGCAAACUACUGAUGUAAUUACCACUAAACCGUCAACUACAGAAGAACCGUCUACUACGGCAUUUCGCACAACAGAACGUCCUCUCACAAUCUUUGAGUCGACAACAGCACUAUCCUCAACUGAAGAGCAAACAAUAGGUGUAACAACCACAGAGCCGUCAACUACAGACUCUGACACGACGGUGCUUAGUACAGAAGAACCGACUACUUCGGACGGAGUUUCAACAAUACAAUCAUCCACACAGUCAUUAUCCACUGUGCAGGGAUCGACAGCGAAUCCCACAACAGAACAGCCUUUAACUACUUUUGAAACUACAACAGCCGUAUCUACAACUGAAGAGCAAACGACGGCUGUAACAACCACUGAAUCGUUAACUACAGACGCUGACACAAUCGUGCUUAGUACAGAAGAACAGACUACGUCGGACCGAGUUUCAACAGUGGAAUCAUCCACACAGUCAUUACCUACUGUGCAGGGGACUUCAGCAACUCCCACUACGGAGCAGCCUUUCACUACCUUUGAACCGACAUCAUUAUUUUCGACAACUGAAGAGCAAACUACUGAUGUAAUUACCACUAAACCGUCGACUACAAAAGAACAGUCUACUACGGCAUUUUCCACAACAGAACGUCCUCUUACAAUCUUUGAGUCGACAACAGUACUAUCCGCAACUGAAGAACAAACAAUAGGUGUGACAUCCACAGAGCGGUCAACUACAGACUCUGACACGACGGUGCUUAGUACAGAAGAACCGACUACUUCGGACGGAGUUUCAACAAUACAAUCAUCCACACAGUCAUUAUCUACUGUACAGGGGUCGACAGCGAAUCCCACAACUGAACAGCCUUUCACUACUUUUGAAACUGCAACAGCCGUAUCUACAACUGAAGAGCAAACGACGGCUGGGGCAACCACUGAAGUGUUAACUACAGACACUGACACAACCGUACUUAAUACAGAAGAACCGACUACUUCGGACAGAAUUUCAACAGUGGGGUCAACCACACAGUCAUUAUCUACUAUGCAGGGAUCGACAGCGAAUCCCACAACAGAACACCCUUUCACUACUUUUGAAACGACAACAGCACUAUCUACAACUGAAGGGCAAACAACGAAUAUGUCAACCACUGAACCAUCAACUACAGACUCUGACACAACCGUGCUUAGUACAAAAGAACCGACUACUUCAGAAGGAGUGUCAACCAUGAGGCCAUCCACACAGACGUUGACUGCAUUUUCCACAACCAAGCGUCCUUUUAGUACUUUUGAAACAACAACGGAACUAUCUACAACAGAGGAGAAACGACAUUGACAACCUCAAAACCCUCAACAACUACAGACUCUUUCACAACGGUGCUUAAGACUGAAAAACCGACUACUUUGGACGGAGUUUCAACAAUUGGAACCUCCAC